AUGCAUGGUGUACUGUAUAAGUGUUGCUGCGCAGGAUUUCUUGCAUGGCCGUUGUUGAUUUUCGUCUUGUCCUUGGUAACUCGUUUCUUUUCCCGGGUUGCCGUCUUCCUUUUCCUCCUCCUUUUCCUGUCCCCACCCCUCCGCGGGUCUUCGGAGCCCCCCGAUUUCUCCGUCUCCCUGAUACCUGGGAUGCCAAUGAGGCACAUGAGUGACGGGCGACGUGUGUCGUGA